UCGUUGGGCGGAACAAUUAACAGCUUCCAGGUGGCUAUUGUUUCCGCCGGACCGUAGACACAGACGGACCAAACAAAUCAAAAAGUUCCCCGCCUGAAGUCAAAACGGAAGAUUAAAUUCUGCUGUCGGGACGAAAAAAUGAAGUUUCGGGGGAAAAUCAUCGACAUCGCCUGUUUGAACCACUUCACCCGAGUCGUCACCACCAUCUCAAAGCUGACAAAGAUGUGCGUCCUGCGGCUGACGCCGGACAACCUGUUCUUCGUUCUGUCCGGUAAAGUGGCCAACGGCGGCGUCAGCAUGUGGUGUGAGCUGUCACAGGCCAACUUCUUCGACGAGUACCAGAUGGAGGGCGUGUCCUCCGAGGACAACGAGAUCUGUCUGGAGGUGACUCCGGAGAAUCUGUCCAGAGCCCUGAAGACGGUCCAGAACGCCAAGGCGGUCAAAGUCAAACUGACCAAGAAGCACUGCCCCUGCCUCACCAUCGCCGCCGAGCUGCCCACCCUGUCCAGCGUCAGUCGAGUCGUCACUCACGACGUCCCCGUUGACGUCAUCCCCCGGAGACUGUGGCACGAGUUCAAAGAGCCGAGCAUGCCGGACUUUGAUGUCAGCAUCUACCUCCCUCCCCUGAAGACCAUGAAGAACAUCGUGGACAGGAUGAAGAACCUCUCCAACUUCCUGGUAAUCGAAGCCAACCUGAACGGCGAGAUGAACCUGAAGAUUGAGACCGAUCUGGUUUCCGUGACGACUCACUUCAGAGACCUGGGGAACCCUCCGUGGGGCGAUGACGCCUCCCAGGAUGGCGGCCCGUCUCAGAGCAGGGACCCGGAGAGCAUGGUGGAGGCCAGGGUGGACAUCAGGAGGCUGCAGCAGUUCCUCGUGGGGCAGCAGGUCAACCCCAGCAAGGCCAUGUGCAACAUCGUCCAUCAGAGCGUCCUCCACCUGAUUCUGCUGCAUGAAGACAUGUCGCUGCAGUACUUUAUCCCCGCCGUGGCGUAGACGCUCUGCUCGGCGCCAGUCUGAGGAAGUAAAGCUGGACUAAACGGUUUCAGGUGUUUCAUCACAUGGACACAAAGCUGAGCGCGCCUGUGCUCCGUCUGACGGAGGCUCUCCUCUCUGACCUGUGAUGGUGUUGGAGGCGACGCAGGACGGAGGAGCUUUGGACCGCUGAGAUAAAGAGUCUGUGUUUGUGAGACGUUUUGACGGUUUUUGAUUAAAAGUGUUUGAAAAUAAAAACGUUUGAAUAUGUAAGUUCCUUUUUUAAAAAGUGACAAUAAAAUAAAAACUGAAGUAUAAACAUUUUGUCUGCUGCA